GCUUUCGGAAAUGCCAAAACGGCCCACAACAACAACUCCAGCCGAUUUGGGAAAUUCAUCCAGGUCAACUACCUGGAGAGUGGCAUCGUGAGAGGAGCUGUUGUCGAAAAAUACCUGCUUGAAAAGUCCCGCCUGGUCUCUCAAGAGAAGGAUGAGAGGAACUACCAUGUGUUUUAUUAUUUGUUACUUGGCGUCAGCGAGGAAGAGCGUCAAGAAUUUCAGCUCAAGCAGCCUGAAGAUUAUUUCUACCUCAACCAGCAUAACUUGAAGAUCGAAGAUGGAGAAGACCUAAAGCAUGACUUUGAGAGACUCAAGCAGGCCAUGGAGAUGGUGGGCUUCCUCCCAGCCACCAAGAAGCAGAUUUUUUCCGUCCUCUCAGCCAUCCUGUACCUGGGCAACGUCACGUACAAGAAGAGAGCCACAGGCCGAGACGAAGGUCUGGAGGUCGGGCCCCCUGAGGUGCUGGACACGCUGUCCCAGCUCCUGAAGGUGAAGCGAGAAAUCUUGGUGGAGGUCCUGACCAAAAGAAAAACGGUGACAGCCAAUGACAAACUCAUCCUUCCCUACAGUCUCAGCGAGGCUAUCACCGCCCGUGACUCCAUGGCCAAGUCCCUGUACAGUGCUCUGUUCGACUGGAUCGUGUUGCGGAUCAACCACGCCCUCCUCAACAAGAAAGACAUGGAAGAGUCUGUCUCGUGCUUGUCCAUUGGGGUCCUUGACAUAUUCGGAUUUGAAGACUUCGAGAGGAACAGUUUUGAACAGUUCUGCAUCAACUAUGCCAACGAGCAGCUUCAGUAUUACUUCAAUCAGCACAUUUUCAAACUAGAACAGGAGGAGUACCAGAGCGAAGGGAUCUCAUGGCACAACAUUGACUACACUGAUAACGUCGGCUGCAUCCAUCUCAUCAGCAAGAAGCCCACGGGGCUCUUCUAUCUGCUGGACGAAGAGAGCAAGUGAGUGUCCACGGCCCAGUUCCCCCUGCAGACCUGGUUCCCUAGCCCCUGGAGCCUCACCCUGAAUCCACACCAUCCCCAAGAACUUCUGAGUUUGUCACACUCAUUUGGCCACAAAUCCUGACCUCACGUUAGCAAAAGGCACAUAGCAUUUAUCAUGGAAGUAUUAACAUGUGCGAUAACUCGAUUCUGAAACACGCACACCCGGGAGUUGUUAAGAAAGGGACACGGGGCCUGAGUCUAGAAACUAGGCACGGGGUUGGUGCAUGCUUGCGAAGGGCAACACAUGGGAUCGCGGGCCCAGAUGCCACACUGACCACUAAGCCUGGCACCCCUCGUCCAGAGGACACCGUGAAGGCUGGAAGGGGUAUGGAUAAAGUGCCUCACCCCUGGUCACCCAGCCGCGGUCACUGAAGUUCACUCACUGAAUUUGUUAACCUGCGGCUCCAUUAAUGACCACAAAGC